CAGUUCAUUCUGCUGUGGCAACCCCUGAUGAAUAAUGGGACUAAAGGAAAAUUAAUAUAUAUGAAUAUUAAACAAAAGAAGAGAGGGGGAGCGGUGCAUGAAUCAAAAUAUGUGCAAUAUAUCACUAAACAAUAUUCUGUUGUAAAAAACAGUGCAAAAAUGUUGAAAGGUUGCAUACGUAUAAAUCAGUGGUUCUCAAACUUUUUUCAUCAAGUACCACCUCAGAAAAAAAUUGUCUCUCCAAGUACCACCAAAAUGAGUAGUAUUGAAAUACAGUAGCGUAGUAGGCCCAGUGAAGCAGCUACAACUCUGCACAUUAAAAAAAACGUGGCAGAUUAGCCUUAAAUAUAGGCUAUAUGUCAUAUAUGGCAUAUUAUAUACAUGUUUUUUAAUAAAUUUUAAAAUAUAUGUAGCAUGUACAUGACAUAUUUCAUUCCUCUGUGUACCACUAGAAGGAAGCCCGCGUACCACUAGUGGUACACAUACCACAGAUUGAGAACCACUGGUAUAAAUCAUACAGGCAGGGGCAGAUUUAACUUAUAAGCAAGGUAAGCGGCCACUUAGGGUCCCAGGAAAUCUGAGGGCCUCCAAAUAAAUACCUAGAAUUUUGUACAGUGAGGAUCCCCCGCCUUCAAUCAUGGAGCAGUCCAGCAGUCAGAUCAGUAAAGAUUUUGUUUUAAAAACGAAACUUUUCAUUUAUUAUUUUUAGUUGUGAAGUCAUCUUAAGUAAACAAUUCGCUUCAAAAGUUUUAAAAAGUGCUUUACAUGUUAUUAUUAUUAUUUAGCAUUAAGAUAAAAUGUAGAAAAUGAGAUCAAAUGAUAUAAGAAAAACAACAAUAAUAAUAAUAAAAAUUAUAGUACAAAGUGUGAAUUUUUGAACUAACGAGCUCCAUGGCUGGAAUGCUCAGGGCCCCAAAAUCACUAAAUCCACCCUUGCAGACAAUUUGCACUCAUUUGCAAUGAGUAAAAAAUAUAUCUUCGAAAUAUCUAUUUGGUUUCAUACUCUGACUUUUAUGAAAUGACACUCUUAUAUCAUUCUUAUAUCACGAUCCCAAAACUAUUGGGGGGACUACAUUUUCUGUAGUGCGGAAAUUACGUCAGUGCCUUGCGACACACAUGCGCGCGCGUACCUUAGAGGACGCCGAGCAAGGCAUGGAACACCUUGGUGCAUUUCUACUGCUGUGGACAGGAGUGUCGUGUUUACCUUUAACGGAAGGUUUCCCAAAGUGCACCGUGCUUCAGUUUGUGUGUGCGAACAGCAGAUGUGUAUCUCUGUCUUCGCGCUGUGAUGCUGUGAAUGACUGUGGAGAUGGCAGCGAUGAAAUCUCCUGCUGGAACUGCACUAAUGGCUCUUUCCACUGUGUGGCGUCAGAGAGCUGUGUUUCCUCCAGCAGUGUGUGUGAUGGCAGGCCGGACUGCGCUGAUGGAGCAGACGAACAGUUAGACACAUGCACAUCAUUUUCUCAAGCACAGCCAUGUGCACGUUCAGAGUUCACAUGCACUAAUGGACAAUGUGUGCCCAAUUCAUGGAGGUGUGACCACUCCAGUGACUGUAAAGAUGGCAGCGAUGAAGAAGACUGUGAUCACAAUGAAUGUGCGGUCAAUAACGGUGGCUGUUCACACACAUGUAUCGAUCUGCCUUUCGGCUUCAGAUGUGACUGUCCUAAAGGAAUGAGGCUGGUCCAGGACACACACUGUGAGGUUGUGGACCAGUGUCUUGACGCAGACGUGUGUGAUCAGAUUUGUGUCCAUUCCAAUGGCUCUGUUGUUUGUGACUGUCAGGAUGGAUAUCAGCUGACCGCCGGGACGGGACAGUGCAGGGCAACAGGUGGCCUUGCUCAUGUGGCGGUCAGCACUCAAGAGGGCAUUAAAAUGAUGGACCUCAGCGGCUCUGAGGAAAGAAACAUCACAGAUAAAAGACUCUCACCAGGACCUGUUUCUGCACUGAAUGCUCACAACACACUAUACUGGAGCAGUCCAGAGAAUGACAUCAUCUACAGGAUGUCCUUAGACUCCGGUGACCACAGACCAGCUGUGUGGUUGAAGGCUUCAAAAGGCAUUGUGGGAUUGGCAGUGGACUGGAUCCAUGAGAGUCUGUAUUGGAUCAGCACCAGUACUCGUGCUUUACACAUGGCCUCUCUGAAAAACACCAAGCAAAGGCUGCUUAUCUCUGGGCUCUCUAAACCUACUGCUGUUGCUGUCCAGCCACUGUUAGGGUAUGUGUUUUGGGCAGAAGGUGGGGAGUCUGCCAGAAUUGAGCGUGUCGGUUUGGACGGGGAAAGCAGAUUUGCAUUGGUAGUUUCAUUUGUACGUAACCCUGUCGCAAUCUCACUAGAUAUCCCUCGUGGGCUUCUGUACUGGGCCGACUCCGGUCUGCGCUCAAUAUCAAGGGUUUUAUUUGAUGGACAAUAUAGAAAGACGGUUGUAGAGUCCAAUGGAUACCUGGAUCAGCCAUUUGGACUGGCCAUAUUUGAGAGUCGAGUGUACUGGAGUGAUCAGUUGACCAACUCUAUUUGUAGUGCAGACAAGCACAAUGGCACCAUGCUCAGAGUGCCUCAGAGACUGGGUUCUGCUUCACCAGCUGGACUGGUCAUCCUUCACCCACUGUUACAGCCUGCAGCUGCACUAUCUUGCCUCUACAGUCUGACAGGCGCUGUGUCAUUAAUUUUCAUACUCGUGAUCCCCGAGAUUUUAUGAUGUGUAAGAUGAGAAGAUCAACGAGAGACAUUUGUGAACCGACAUGCCACAAGGGAACAUGAACUGAGUGACACUGCAGGGCUGCCUUGUUUUUUUCCUCCAGCAGGGUAAAUGAGGACACAGCAGUGAAGAUGAGACUGCCGCACCAUGAUUAUACUGUACCUCUGAUUUGCUCAAUGAUGUUACUUAUCUGGAACACACACUUUUAUCAAAACAUGUGCCCAGAACACAGUGUGAUUACUAAAUAAAAAAGUCCUUCCAAUUUUAACUACACAAGAUGACCUUAUAUAUAUGUUAUGCA